AUGAACAACAUCAUCAUCAUUGAAGUCGUCUUGCUUAAACUAUCAGACUAUCGUGGAAUAACAAGUUUGUCGGCUGCGUCCAAGCUAUUUGAGAUCAUCGUCAGUGAAGUUAUUCUUACUCAAUCCAAGCGCUACAUCUCUACCGAUCAACACGGCUUCAUGCCUGGCAGGUCGGUCACCACGAAUAUGUUGAACUACACCAACACCUGCAUUACUGCUAUGGAGGGCAAGGCUCAGGUCGAUGUCAUCUAUACCGAUCUGAAGGCGGCUUUCGAUAGGAUCGACCACAACAUACUUUUGGCUAAACUAUCACGUCUCGGAUCAUCUGCAAAACUCGUGUCGUGGAUGAGAUCAUACCUGACGGAAAGAAAACUGCGCGUUAAAUUCAUGGCUGCGUUUCCUCGUGCUUCUGCAAUUCUUCUGGAGUCCCUCAAGGAAGCAACCUAG